AUGAUGCAGUCAAAGUCCACUACCUCCUCUAUAUUCGAAGUUAUUGUGCUUCACCAACCUCCAAAUCCACUUUUAAAAGAACUGGGGCAAAAAUACUGUAAGUUUAAGCCAAACAUGGAUUUGGAUACUUUCCGUAGCCCUUUGCCUUGGGUGUGGGGAAGAGCAAACAAAUGGUUAUACUUUUCCUUUUUUCCCAAUGAGAAUCAAAGAGGAAAUAUCAUUUCUGAUUAUUACAGUGGCAUAACCUUUUUGUUCAAAAAAACUCGCCUUUUCGUCAUCAACUUUAGAGAUGAUCCCAAGAUCAACAGACGCAUCAUUACAAAUGGGAAGAUGUUAGGAGAUCCCUGUGACGUAAUCUUGUUAGUUUUGGAAAGUCUCUUUGAAGAUAUGACGUCUAGGGUCGUCGAUUUGAAAAACAAAUAUGACAAUGACAUUAAAACUGUGGACCAAAAGAGGGCAGUUGAGGCAGAGCUGGAUAUCAUUGUUGAACAACUUAGGGGGAUGGAAAAAACUUUGGAAAAGUUGGAAAGUACCUUAACUAAAUAUAUGGAAGACACUCAAUGUUUUACAGAAAGGUUUGGUAGAGAAAGUAAAAAGUUCCAAGAAUUGAAGAAAGAUGUGGAAGAGUACACCAAAGGCAAUGAAGAAUUAGAGGCUUUCUUACUUUUAUUUGUGCAACAGCUUGGUAGUGUUUCCACGUUAAUUGCUCUUUUGCGUGCCACUGGGGUCACCAAGUGGAUACAGUUUGCUUUUUCAAUACUGACUAUGACCAUUAUUUUCCCUAUUAAUCUUAAAAAUGGUUUUACAAAAGGGUAUUUUUUUGAGCUGUCAAGAAAUGCUAGAAGGUGGAUAUCAAUAAUAUGGCAUGCGUUUAUUGUACGCUGGGAGAGAUUUGGGGAUGCUGUAGCAGAUCUUUGGGCCAAUACCUCAUGA